UUUGUGAACAAAAACAACAGCUAAACUUUCCUCCUUGCUCCAUUGAUCGUGAAAAAAUGAAACCAGAUCCCUCUCUCGAUUUCUCUCUUCCUUCAGUGAACAACAACAGGAUUUCCUCCCUUGGUUUCUCAUCCAUCUCGGGGUUCUCUCUCAAUCGAUAUAUCAUCAUCUCUCUCUCGCUGAGUUUUCUCUCGUUUUCACUUUCGGUGAACAAAAACAACAACCGCGGCACUUUGAUUUUCCGGCGGCCAUGGAAUAAGAACAAAAGUCCGGCUUUUGCUGGGUUCUUGCUCUCUCUCGGAUUCACGGUCUCUCUCGGUGAACCCAUAACAACAAAUAGUGACCAGGGGCCAUGGAGGAGCUGCAACUCAGAUUUUUGUGUUAUAGGAAAGCUAAAGUUCACAGCAACAACAAUAUUAAGAGCAAGAGAGGAAUUAACUUACCUACGGCGAGGAGGUGUUCGCCGGAUUUUGUGUUGAGGUAUG